CAUCCGGGCCACCAGGAGGCACCCCGGCAUCCCAGGCGUGUUUCCCACCAAAGAAGAAGACGCCGAUAUGAUGGACUAACAAGCUGCGGAGCUGCUUUCUGCGAUGGAUCACGGCCUUCCAGCCAAGCGCAGCUUCUGUCCUCUGGGUGUAAAAUGCGUGCAGAGCAGCAGAGGAACAAAGGACACCAGGAUGGAGGUCCAGGAAGAGGAGGCAGCACCUGGCUCAGGACAUGCUGGGCUAAAUGAAGACGCGAUGGAAACCAGCGAGUGCAGCGACGCAGAGCUGGGACAGCUGGACGUGGAUCUGGACAGGAAGUCCAGACGGCACAACCUGACGUCCAGGAACGUGCGCGCCAUCCUACACGAGGUGAUCACACACGAGCGUGUGGUGGCCAUGAUGAAAGCCGCCAUCAGAGACACCCAGGAUCUGCCCAUGUUUGAGCCCAAGAUGACCCGGUCCAGACUGAAACAGGCUGUACAGCAGGGACAGCGCCUGAACUGGGGCCUUCCAGCUGUGAGCGCGCUGAAGCCGCCUCAGUUCGUUGACAUCGAUCUUGAGGAGGAUGAAGACUCCUCUGAUGAAGAGUAUUGUCCUGAUGCUGAAGAGGAGGAGGAGGACACGGCCGAGGAGAUGUUUCUCAGUGAUGCUGACAGCCUUGCCUCACCUCCCAGAACCCACGCUUGCCCUCCACAUGAACUUCCCGAGCAAAAGACUCAGCAACCUGUGCAGAGUGUUGCAGAUCAAGUGAGGAGCGCUUCCUGUUGUUGUUCCUCUGAGAGUUCCUUCCUUGAGAGACUAAAUGCUGUGGAAGAGGAGCUAAACUGCAGCUCUGCUUUCACCUUUGACCAGACCCUGGAACGAAAGCCAGGAGCUGAUGAUAACGACGGUAACAAAGGAUGUCUGGCGUUCCGAACACGCUCCAAACUUCCUCUGGUCAACAUACCUCUGGAUCAGCUGGAGGCGGAGCUUCUGGCCCCUGACAUCACCGCUGACAUGUACGACCAGAGCCCAGCCCAGCUGGAGGAGGACCGUCACUGGACCAAGUGGCUGCAGGGUCUCAUGGCCCCUGGACCUGAAGAUGACGCUGAUGAUGACGAUGAUCCCGAGUACAAUUUCCUAGAUGACCUAGAUGAACCAGACGUGGAGGACUACAGGACGGACCGAGCUGUCCAGAUCACCAAGAAGGAAGUUAACGAGCUGCUGGAGGAACUCUUUGAAGCUCUCCAGGAGGAAGAGGCUCCAGCUGAGGAGGAGGAGCAGGAGGCCCCAUCAGUGACUGCUCCUAAGUUUAACAUCCCCCAGGCUUUACGCUUUGAGGCUCCGUUAGCCGGGCUGCUGACAGAGCGACGGCAGGCGGUCAGGAAGCAGUACGAGGCUGUGCAGCAGAGGAGAGCUCUGCAGGACACCACCAACCAUCUGCGACACGGCACAAAGGAUUCGUGCGCUCCUCCGCCUAACGCUGUGGUGUCUGUCGUGGUUCUGGGGAGCCAGACCGGCCCCGCCCUCUACCUGGACCACGCCCAGAAACUGCAGCUGCAGCAGCAGGUGCAGCAGCACGUGCAGCUGCUGACUCAGGUUUACCUGCUGAGCAGCCCAAGCCCCGCCCUGAACCACCAGGCGCACCUGGCCAAACGCUACCUGGAGGAGCUGCAGCACUUUGCCAGUCGUCGGGAGCAGCUGCGUCUCCCCAGCAGCUUCAGAGCGUGUAACCUGCAGGGGGCGCUAGAUCUUCUUAAGGAGGUGGAUCAGAGAGGGCGGGUUCCACCCGGCCGUCCCGGUCCUGCAGCGUCCAAACGGCUGCUGCCAACAAUGACUCCGACUACCAGCAGUCACGCCUUCCCGCUGCUGCCCGCUGACGCUGCCUGGCUGCUGGCGACGCAGCCGGUCUUCCUGUACCCAGAACUGCUUCCUGUGUGCAGCCUGGACCCCGCCUCACACAGCAAACGUCAGCGCAGACCUUACACAGCAGCGGAGGACGGGCUGAUUGUUCUGGGUCUGAAGCACUUUGAGGGGGCGGUGCGGCCCGAUCAGCUGAUCAGCUCCUACCUGCUGCGUAAAAGUCGAUGGAGCAUCAGGAAACGCAUCCGUGAGAUGAGCGGUCCCAGAGCGCCACAGGACAGCGUGAUUAAGAUGUUCAUGACCCAAGGAGUCGUUCCUCCGCUGCCUGUCGCCUGCAGCAGGGUCUAUCCAGAAGAUCAGCGCCCCCCGGUGGACAGAAACACCCCCAACAUGCCAAAAUGGCUGAAGAACAGUCAGCCAAUCAUCCACAAGGCUCGACUGCACGGCUCUCGCUACCCCCUGCACCCCCCCCCGGGCUGCACCCUCCGGCUCCACCCCUCUUACAUAAGUAAGUCCCAGGUGCCUCGGCGUGUCCACAGGCGCCUCUUCACCCUGGCCCACAAUGCAUCUCUGCUUCCCCUCGCUAAAGCCCCAACAGAGCAACCAGCGGAGCGGCGGCCAAUCACCCGUCUGUCCCCUCCUCCUCCCGGAGCGGCGCUAACAUCUGACCCCCCCGCUGGGUCAGGAGCGCCAUCUUUGGUGUUGCCUUCAGUCUGCAGGACCGUCCCAUUGGCUGCCGUCCAGCCACGCCCCUCCCACUCCACCUGUCCUGGUGUCCCAGGGUCUGGCUGUCCUGUUGGACAGACGUCUGCAACCCCCGUAAUGCCUUGCUCAGCAGCUUCCCAGGAACCGGGCUACAUUGUCCUGCAGAUGGCGUGGACACCUGCAGCCUCCCAUCAGGCCUUGGGGCCCGGGGCCCUCAGAGCAGCCAAUCAGGAACAGUCACCCUGUGAAGAAGGGUGGACAGCUAAGGUAGAGGACAGCUCGUCUUCAUCACUGAGUCCAACGUCGUCUGGUGCAGGAGACGAGGAGGAGGACUGGUCUGGGGGCAUGGUUGGUCUCAAAGGAGGAGGAGGAGGAGGAAACGCGGAGGGAGGCGAGCCGGAGAGGACUGAGGACGGGGGGGACCAGGAGAAGGAGGAGACGGACGGCGAGGGGGAGGAGGAGGAGCAGGGGGGAGAAGAGGACGACGGAGGAAGAGACGGAAGGGGAGGAGAGAGAGAGGAGGAUGGAGACAAGGACCGCCGUGGUGAUGAAGAGGAGGAGGAGGAAGAUGAUGACGAAGAUGAUGAGGAGGAAGACUUUGAUGACCUAACACAAGACGAGGAUGAAGAGGAGGUGAUGUCGUCUGCGUCGGAGGAGUCGGUGCUGUCGGUUCCAGAGCUGCAGGAGACGAUGAAGCAGCUGACAUGGCUAGCGGCGGAGCGGCGGCUCUGCGACGGAGACUCCGAGGACGACCAGUCGCCGACCUCGCAGGAGGACGAGGACGAGGAGGAUGAGGAGGCUAAGGGGGAGGAAGAGCCAGGAGAGGGGCGGAGCUUUAAGACCAGUCUGAGCAAGGAGACGCCGUCUGGAGAGAAGACGCCUAGAGGACGAAGGUGUCCAGGUCGAGGACGAGGUCGCACCCGUCCCCUCCGAGGCUUGGCGAGGACGCGUCAGGAGCGUCUGAGUAAGGACGCCUCCAAGCUGUCGCUGCUGUACGACCAGAACCUUCUGGAGAACGACCCGCUGCGAGAGAGCAAAGACGCAGCGUUUGCCCAGAGCUACCUGAACAGGGUACGGGAGGCUCUGCAGGGCGCGCCUGACCAGGUGCAGGAGUUUGUUUCUCUCCUCAACAAGUUUGAGCAGGUGGGAGAAGGACAGGAAGUGACCCGGCUGUUCAGGAAGCUGCGCUGCCUCCUGGGAGACCAUUCGGACCUUCUGCGGGACUUUGCUGCCUUCCUGCUUCCUGAGCAGGCGCUGCUGUGUGGACUGUUUGAGGAGCAGCAGGCGUUUGAGCGCAGCCGGCGCUUCCUAAGACAGUUGGAGAUCAGUUUUGGAGAUAAUCCGUCACAUUACCAAAAGAUCAUCAAAGCUCUGCAGACCGGGCCGGACCUGAGUCCAUCCAACAUUCAGGAGCUCAAAGCCCAGAUGGCAACACUCCUCAAAGGCCACACCCACCUGCAAGCUGAAUUCUGGGUGUUUUUUGAUGAUCUCCGCCCACCGCCGUCUCGGCCUGAGCAGUUUGAAGAGGCUCGCCUACCGGAGGAGGAAGGUGUGGAGGGAGGUGGCCAGAUGUCAGCUGGGGGGGGCAGUGGUGGCUUUGAGGAAGUAACACUGCCAGACCUGGAAGAGGAAGAGGAUGGACAUAAAAUCCGACCAAUAACAAGCCGGCGCCAGAGGAGGAGGAUGGAGUCCAACCAAAGCUACAAGGGGUCCGAUUGGUCGGAGAAAGACUGGUUCUGUCUCUGUCAUGGUGCAAAGAUCAGUCGACAUCGACGGAAAGGAUGUUCUCGCUGCCAUGGCAACAAGACUUCAGCAGGUGUGUCCAGGGCUCUGAAGAGCUUAGACCCUCUCUACUCCCAGAUGAGGUCCACCAGUGACCAGCCGUGCGACAAAAACCUGGACCUGAAGGGGGCCGAGCUGGAUCUGAGUGGUGCAUCAUGGGAAAACUCUUUCCCGCUGACUGAUGAAAAGGAGGAGGAAGAGGAGCAGCUAAAUGGUGAAGGCAAUGAGGAACUGGGGAGCCCCACAGCAAAGAGGAAGAGAGAGGAGUCGCUCCAUCCACAAACUGUCUGCACCUCCAUCCCCCCCUCGACCUUCAUCACAUCUGCCUCCUCUUCUUCAGAUGCUCCAUCCGUUAGUGUCUCCUCUCCAUCCUCUACUCCUUCUCAGCCUCCUCCAGACCUCCCUGUUUGUGCCAAGAACAUUUCUCUGACAGCAAGUGGAGAGAAAGUGAUCCUCUGGACCAGAGAAGCAGACCGUGUCAUAUUGACAAAGUGUCAGCAAGAAGGAGCCAAUCAGCACACUUUUCAGGCCAUUUCUAAUCUGCUUAGCAACAAAACUCCCACUGAGGUAUCUCAAAGGUUCCGGGAUUUGAUGCGUUUGUUUCGGACAGCGGCUCGUCACACCGCCUCAGAGGAUGAAGCUCCUCCCACUGAACCCACAGCAGACUGACCAAUCAGAACAGUUUUUGGAACUCGCAGGGUGUAGUUUGUAAGGACCAAAUUGUAAAUAUGAAUAUUGAGGUUAUUUGCUGUUUUUAUAAAACUGACUUGUUUUGUAACAGUAAAAGUUUUUUUGUAACA